ACCAACAAGGAAACCCAACAUAAUAACAUCCAAACUGUCUUUUUCUUUUUCUUUCUCCAUUUUUUUCCCGACAUGGACGCCAAGCUUCUGAGAUUGCUGCGCACACGCCAAGCCGAGUCCCGGCGGGGCCAGAAGGAACCGCCGCCGUCCAUGGAGGAGGAGAAGAAAGCCACCGCCGUGUACAAGGCGGUGUUUCGGGUGGUGGGGAUGACAUGCGCCGCGUGCGCUGUCUCCGUCGAGAACGCCGUCCGGAGACUCUCCGGCGUCCGGGAGGCCGCCGUCGACGUUGUCAACAACAGGGCGCAAGUCUUAUUCGAUCCAACCUCUGUCAAUGCAGAGACCAUACGAAAUGCGAUAGAGGACGCAGGGUUCGGAGCUACAUUACUUGACGACGAAGCAACCAACAGAUCGCCGCAAAUAUGCAGAGUACGCAUCGCCGGGAUGACUUGCACGUCUUGUUCCACCACCAUCGAGAAAGCCCUCCGAUCAACGGACGGCGUUACAAAGGCUCGAGUCGCGUUAGCAACCGAAGAAGCCGAGAUUUUCUACGACCCGAACCUUCUAACCCUCGACGAUCUGUUGCUUGCAAUGCAAGGCACCGGUUUCGAUGCCACGCUCAUCAGCACAGGACGAGAUACGAUGAGCAAGAUCUCUCUGAAAGUAGACGGCCUGGAAGAACCUGAGAAUCAUCUUUUUAUUUCGCUUAUCAAGAAAUCUCUCGAAGAAAUUUCCGGAGUAGCGAAGUUGGAAAUCAUGCCUGAAUCAGGAAAAGUGUCUGUAUCUUACAAAUCCGACAUGACUGGUCCGAGAGAGUUCAUCAGGGUUAUAGAAUCUUCCGGAAAACGGCGUUUUAAGGCCACGGUGUUAUCAGAUGACAGCAGUGGAGGAUCAUCGCAAGAAGCAGACAGGAGAGAAGAGAUUCUGCAGUAUUACUUAUCGUUUCUAUGGAGCUUGUUCUUCACUACACCAGUGUUCUUAACCUCAAUGGUGUUCAUGUACGUACCGGGAAUGAAUCAAAUACUAGACUUCAAGAUCGUGAACAUGUUGUCGGUCGGAGAAUUGAUACGUUGGGUCCUGUCUUCGCCGGUUCAGUUCGUGAUCGGUCGGAGAUUCUACUCUGGCUCGUACAAGGCCUUGAGGAAUGGCUCGGCCAAUAUGGACGUCCUGAUCGCGUUGGGAACGAACGCUGCGUAUUUCUACUCUGUCUACUCAGUUCUGAGAGCUGCGAAUUCUGCCGAUUUCAAAGGGUCGGAUUUUUUCGAGACGAGUUCUAUGUUGAUAACGUUUGUUCUGCUCGGUAAGUACCUGGAAGUUCUGGCGAAAGGCAAAACCCGGGAUGCGAUCGCAAAGCUCGUGAAUCUGACACCAGACACUGCAACUUUGUUGAACGUUGAUGGUGAAGGGAAUGUUAUUGGUGAAGAGGAGAUAGAUUCAAGAUUGGUGCAGAAGAAUGAUGUGAUCAAGGUGAUUCCGGGAUCAAAAGUGGCGGCGGAUGGGGAAGUGGUGUGGGGGCAAAGCCAUGUGAACGAGAGCAUGGUUACUGGAGAGGCGAGGCCAGUGGCUAAGAAACAUGGAGACAAGGUGAUUGGUGGGACGGUGAAUCAGACAGGAGUGUUGCACGUUAAGGUUACAAAUGUCGGAUCAGACAGCACGUUGGCUCAGAUUGUCAAACUCGUUGAGUCUGCUCAAAUGGCUAAGGCCCCGGUCCAAAAACUCGCAGAUCAGAUCUCCAGAUUCUUUGUUCCUCUGGUGAUUGUUCUGUCGUUUUCGACAUGGCUGGCUUGGUUCAUAGCCAAGAAACUAGACGCAUAUCCAGAAGCAUGGGUGCCAUCUUCGAUGAACGGGUUUGAACUGGCGCUUCAGUUCGGGAUCUCAGUCAUGGUUAUUGCCUGUCCCUGCGCGCUGGGCCUAGCCACACCGACUGCAGUUAUGGUCGGGACUGGUGUCGGGGCUUCUCAGGGUGUGCUCAUCAAAGGCGGUCAAGCCCUCGAAACCACUCACAAGGUUACCUGCAUAGUUUUCGACAAAACUGGGACUCUCACGAUGGGAAAGCCAGUUGUAGUGAACACGAGGCUUCUGACGGAUAUAACCAUUCAAGAAUUCUAUGAACUCGUUGCCGCUGCAGAGGUGAACAGCGAGCAUCCAUUGGCCAAGGCAGUCGUGGAGAACGCCAAACAAUGCCUUCAAGGCACUGGUCGAGAGAACCCUUCUUGGCCACAAGCUCAGGACUUUGAAUCCAUCACCGGAAAUGGCGUGAAAGCCAUCGUCAAUGGAAGAGAGAUUCUGGUCGGAAACAAGAAGCUUAUGUCCGAUCACAGUGUCUUGAUUCCAGCAGAAGCCGAGGAGUUUCUAACUGAAUCCGAAGAUAGAGCGCAGACAGGGAUACUAGUGUCAGUAGACCGGAGAAUCGCCGGAGCUCUUGCCGUUUCCGACCCUUUGAAGCCUGGAGCCCGGGAAGUUGUCUCGAUUCUCAAGUCAAUGGGAAUUCGAAGCAUUAUCAUCACAGGCGACAACUGGGGAAUUGCAAAUCAGAUUGGUAGAGAUGCCGGGAUUGAGACAGUGAUUGCAGAAGCUAAACCCGAUGACAAAGCUCAAGCCAUAAAGGAUUUGCAGGCUAAUGGCGACGUCGUUGCAAUGGUCGGCGACGGGAUCAAUGACUCGCCGGCUCUUGCGGCGGCCGAUGUCGGAAUGGCGAUUGGAGCAGGGACUGACAUCGCCAUCGAAGCCGCCGACGUUGUCCUGAUGAGAAGCAGCUUAGAAGAUGUGAUCACAGCCAUUGAUUUGUCUAGGAAGACGUUUUCUCGUAUUCGUCUGAACUAUGUCUGGGCACUUGGGUACAACGUCAUCGGUAUUCCGAUCGCCGGAGGAGUGCUUUUUCCGGCGAACAGAUUCCGUUUACCGCCGUGGGUCGCCGGAGCUGCGAUGGCGGCUUCUUCGGUGUCGGUUGUGUGUUCUUCCCUGUUGUUGAAGUAUUACAAGAGACCCAAGAAGCUAGAGUUACUUGAGAUGCAAGGAAUCCAGGUUGAAUGAUAGUCCCCACACCAAAGAAAAAAAUGUAGACCAAUUUUCAAAACGAGAAUUUCAUAAUUUUUUUAACGUGUAAUUCAAAUAUGCAACUAUUUUAAAUAUAUACUAAUAUUAUUUAAAU